CUGAGGCCCCGUAAGAUUACGGUAGCUACAACGGAGUGGUGCAAAAGGCCACUCAUAAGUAAGUGCCGAGUAAAAAGAUACAGAAAUAAAUCUUUUUCCAGCAACCUCUCCUUUACUGCCUCGGUACCAGAUCUACCUCUUUCCUUUUCCAUUGUCGGUCUUCCAGACCAUGGUGUUAUAGAGUGUAGCCCAGAACAUGGCCAUUUUGCUGUAUGCAGCACAUUUACACAAGAUCAGGUACGUAAAAAUUGCAAAACAUCAAAAGAAUUGAUUUCCCAUUUCAAGAAUAUCCUAGUCUACCAUAUCGAAGAACCUCCCAAAUAUGGCAUACUUUCGAGAAGAAUCAAUGGGAAAAGCCGAAGGAUUGGUGUAUCUUCGAACUUUACGCAAUUGGAUAUCGACAAUCGACUGAUCUCUUUUAAGCUACAUUUUAUGCAAUAUUCGAUUAUCAACGAUUUUUUCCUCUUUCGAGUUAUUACACCUGCGGUCUCGUCCGAGUCACUCAGAUUUGAGGUUGGUGUAAAGAACGUACCACUACUUCAAUUUUAUUUUUUGCUGUUUGUGGUAGUAUGAAU